AAACAAGACGCAAAGGAUCUUGGGGGCUUUUGGACGCCAUCGAGUGCCUCAAAAGGACAAAAUUUUGUGACAUUAUCCGAAAUUAUGGCGGAAUUUUCACCUUUGAUGCGGAAUCAAGCCGGUCUAUAGACUUGAAAUUGUGCUGAGAUUGACUAGAGAUCUCCUCCUAUGCGCAGCGAUUUGUGAAGUGGUGAUUAACACUGUACUUUACGCAAGAAAGGCAAGAAGUCUCCAGGUUUCUGUACCGGACACAGCCGAAAAGGAGUAGGGAAUCAUGAGUGCUCCAGCUGUCAAAGCCGUGCUACCAGCACCCAAUGCUGGUGGACAGCCCCCGUCACAAGCCCCCACGAGCCCAUUGAAAAACCAUGCCGGUGCUCCAAAUGUGACAAUGAGCCUAGUUAGCGAGAAAACACCAGAGAAGGCUAAAGAAACUGCUUCAGCAGCCAAAACAACUCCUAAUGGUGUCGAGGCAUCAAAGGCCACAUCCCCCUCAGUUAAUGACAAAAAGCCAGAAGAAUCGAACCAUGUCACUGCCAUCCCGCCAGCCUCUACUCUGGCCCCCAACACUGCCCCCCCUUCUGCCCCAGCUAGUACUCCUGCGCCAACCACUGGUGUUCAAACUAACGCUCCUGCGUUGUCUCCUGUGAAUAAUGCAACACCUGCUCAAAACAGUGCCACGCCUACAAAAGCCACACCUGAAAAGUCUCAACCGACAAAUUCAUCCCCUGCUGUCACACCCGCGAAAGGCACUCCCCCAGCUCCUCCAAGUGGUGCUGCAUCCGCUGAAAAGCCACUAGCCAGUCCUGCGAAAACGAACUCAACUGUAACUUCUACUGAGGAAAAGGAAAAAGAGAAGACUGCCGCAGCAUCCUCUUCUCCUGUCACACCCAAGCGAGGUGCGGACAAAGUUGACAAGCCGGAUAAAGAGAAAGAGAAAGCUGCGACAGCAGCACGAAACAAACGCAAGAGAGACACUCCAUCUACUCCAAGUUCGACUGACGAUGAUUCCAAAUCCAAGCGAACACGUGUCCCAGUCCAGCCGUAUCAGAGUCCAAUGCCAGAUUUAUUUGUCACUAAGGUCAAGACUCCUGCUAAAGUGGCAGUUGAAAAGAAAGUGAAGGUGGAGAAGGAUAUUGACAAAGAAAAACUUGUCAUUUUCUACAAGAACGAGUUUUUAGCUGUGCGAAACUCCGAAGGUGGUUUUUAUGUUUGCCAAGCAAUGCAAAAUGUGUACAAAACAAGUCACCGGAUUAAAAUCAGGUGGCUUUCUCAGAAAGAAAAUGAGAAAGUGGAAGAGGGAACAGUUUAUUCCCCUGAUUUUUAUGAUACAACAGAUUUUGACUGUAUUCUCACAAGUUUAAGCCUGGAUAAACUGGAUAAGAAUAAAUAUAACCUGUCACAAGAAGAGACUGUGAGAACAGAAAGCAUUCUUAAAAGAGCUUUGGACGUUGAGAAAGGAGUUUCAGAGAAACCAGAACUCACUGAAGAACACCCUGAUGGAUUGGACCUGUCUCUUUUCAAAGACGAAGCCCAGCUCAAGAAGAAGAGGAAAAGUCAGAGCAAGGCGUCCUCUGGCAGCCCCAAGAGAGCUCGCCGGUCAGAAACCCCCACCAAGAAGGAAGCGAAGCCCAAGGCCGAGAAGAAGAAGGCGGGGGCGGCCGCCUCCCCCAAGCGCACCCCCGCCAGGAAGGCAGCGUCCCCGCGGUCCGGCAGGAAGGGCAAGCCGGCCGCCAAGUCGCCCGCACUCGCCGCGGAGAGGAAGGAGAAGCCGCUCUUGACCAUGAGCAGAGCGGAGCGCGCCUCCGAGCGCGAGAAGGCCAAGGAGACCCCCGGCAGCGCCAAGGCCGCGGCCAAGGCCGCCACCAAGAGGAAAGCGGAGGCCAGUCCGGCGCCGGCCGAGCCCAAGGAGCCCAAGGAGGCCAAGGAAGUGAAGGAGGCGGAGACCAAGGAGGUGAAGGACGCCAAGACCCCCAAGACCGCGCGCACUGCGGCCUCGGCUAAGAAGGCCGCCGCGGAGGCCAAGGCCGCCGCCCAGGCCGCCCUCGCCGCACAGCAGUCGACCGCGGCGCCCGCCGGCGCCGCCAGCAGGGCGACCAAGUCAAGAAAUACCAAGGCAGCUGAAGCGGACAAGGAGAGCGCCGAGCCCGCCAAGGAGGACGCGGCCCCCAAGGCCGUCCCCAAGCCGAAGGCUGCUGAAGCCGCCGAGGCCUCCGCGCCAGCAGCGCCGGCGACCCCCACCCCCGCCGCCGAGGCCGCUCCAGCCACCACCGCCCCCGCGGCCACAGCUGCAGCCCCCGCGUCCGUGCCCGCGGACGCCGCCAGUGCAGUUGCAGCCGCCCCCGCCGCUUCGGAGGGAGAGCAGAAGGCCCCUGCUGUGACAGCCGCCCCGACCCCCACUGCCCCCGCCCCCGCCCCCGCCGCCACCUCUGAGAGCACGGCGGCCUCAGAGGCGGAGUCGCCCUCAUCGCGGGGGGCAAACAAGAAGCCCAGCCCCACGACGCCGCCCAAGAAGGCCUAGUGAAAAUAAAACAAAACGCAUGGACUGAAGAACUAUAUUUUAUGUAAGCUCCAAUUUUAAUAGUUUUACUCCAGACGUGAUUUGGAAGGUGUGAUGGAGAGAUGUAUUAAUUCAACUUCUAUAUUACAAUUUUAAGCAUUGAUUGUUUAUUAUUUUAUUAUUUUGAUUGUUUCUACACAAUAAAAAAAUUUAUGUCAUGAACUUGGAGAACGCGAUUUGUAAAUCAAUGAAAUGUUUAGAAUUGUUUAGUUGUCUGUGAGGUGAUUAUUUAUGGAUGGAGGUAGAGCUUUUAUAAAACAAUUUUAUUUUUUGUUUCUAUGAAAUGAAGUAUUGAAACCAUUGUAAAUCAUGCAGUUUUUAAUUUCUUUCCUUUUUGUUGAUAUGGCUUACCUCUGCUCAUUUUAUAUGUUUUAGAUGAUUGUCAUCAAUGUGUAGUUUGUGUUCUUUGUAAGAGUUGUCAAUAUUAAGAGGAAUGAAAUGAUUUCAUGUAACACAUGAUUGCCCUGUUUUGGACAUGCAUCAUGUCUUGUUGCUUUACCAAGAAAACUAUAUAUUUAAGUAAUUGUCUAUGAACUAAGCAAAUAUCAAUUCUGUACUAGGUGAAAAGGUAUUGUACAAACAAAUUCAUCCUUAAUUUCUAGCAGUUCAGGUUGUCUCAUCAAUAUACCUUAAUAUUUUUCUAUUUGAAUGGAUUAAAUUUGAAUGUUUUCUGUUCGGAAACUAAAAGGAUUUCUUGAGCCAGGAAAAUAAUAGCUUAUUCUGUGUGAUUGAUAAAAUUGUUAAUCGUACACUGGUGUAGUGUAUUCUGAUAUGUGCAUUAUUAAAUUUUAUAUUUUUAUUUUCAUUUGUGCACCAAAAGUAUUGUCCACAUUUAAGUGUGUAAAUGUUUUAGUGUGUAUGUUUCUGUAUCAUACAGAGUGAGUGUUUCUUGUAACAAAGAUGAUUUGUUUUUAAUAUAUGUAAUGAAUUUUGACUUUUGUCCCGCCUGUACUUGGAUAAUGGGGUUUUAAAAUAGUGCUGACUAGUAUUCAGCACUACUUUGACAUUCUACUUGUCUUUGAAAUACUUUUUUUUCGGUUUUAAUGCUUUAUUGGAUGUGAAUCGAUCAAGUUAGAGAAUUGGGUGGUAUUGCAGAUGUGCGAUGGAGGCUACUGUUGUGCACAUACUUGUGCAAAAAGGGGGGGACGUGUUUAGCUGGAAUUCUCUCCAUUUACAGGUUUAGAGGUAGAUCUGAUGACAUAGUAGAAUGUGCCAUGUUCUUAAUAAACCAGAUUUAGAAAUUAAUGUAAUCUCUUUUCUCUUUCCAAUACUUCAUCUUUGUUUUGACAAACCGCAUGUACAGCAGCAAUUUUGCUGUGGUAGUCAACUGUGUAGUACAAUUGUUCUCACUGGCACAUGCCGUGCUCCAUCUUAUUCCUACCAUACCACUUGCUUGUCUAUUUAUGCUAUUCCAUGUUCAUGUUCUGGGCAAUAAAUUAAUGCCAAAAUUA